ACUUCAAUCUUUUACGAAGUUGGAGUUAAAAUAACCAUUUUUCAAUAUCAAACUCUAUCAUCGGCUAAAUAAGCUACCACUUGCUAAUUAGGCCAACUAAUUAUGUAAUUGACUUAAUUAAGAUAGAGAACAUUCAAUUACAUAAUUAAAUUCAUCUACCCCCACUGCCACACCAAAUUUUUUGACUGCUUUAAUGGCAAUUCAUCUAUAUAUGUAAGUGCUAGAUGGAUUACUUAAGCAACAUCUUGAGAGUAAUUUAAAAAAAUGAAGCUAGUUUUUGCUUGGUUGGUUGGUUUUGCUUUGUGUUUUCAAGCUGGAACGUUGGCUAUUGAUUUUUACUACCUCACAAUACAAUGGCCGAAGUCCUUCUGCAACUCAAAAGCUCACAUAAGUUGCACAAGUGUUCCAAAUCACUUCACCAUCCAUGGCUUAUGGCAAGAGAUGAACAAUGGCGCCCCAGUCCCUCCUCCUCCUGUCAAACAACCAUUCGAUAAUGUUCAGGUGAAAAGUGACCCAGCUCUCUACCAAACAAUGCAGCAAAUUUGGCCCGGAUUAACAAUCACAAUGCCUAACGAGAUAUUUUGGAAGCACGAAUGGGAUCAACAUGGAGCUUUUACCAGUUUCACUCAACAUGAUUACUUUAAAACAACUGUGGACAGGGCCAAUGAUCUCGGAGUUCUCAAGCUGAUUCAUCAAGCUGGGAUCAAUAUUGGUCAGCAAUACACGGUUAAGGACUUCAAGAGUGCCAUCCAAGCUGCAGUGGGCUUGAAACUCGGCCGGCCACUUGAAAUGCACAUUACAUGCAACUUAGACUUAAUCAGUAGUACUAGACAGAAAAUGGUGGCUCAGAUACAUGAGAUAAGGUUCUGUACCGAUAACACUGGACUUCAAUUCAUAAACUGUACAUCGAAGAGUAGUAUUUGGCCAUGCGAUAAAACCAAGACGUAUGCUCUUCCUCUUCCAUGAUACAUUUCAGAUGUAGAUAGGGCUGGCCUUUGACUCUUUAUGUUAUUUUCCCAAAUGUAUGCCUUUGAGAUCUCUUCUUCUUCUUCAAUUGUUAGUUUCUCAAGGCACUACCGACCUACUAAUUAUAAUAA